AUGGAGACGACUCAGACGAGGCUGUCGGAGCUGAUCAAUGAUAGUCAGAUCAAAGUUGACAUUCAGGUUGAAACCUUCACUGAUGAAUCGGGAACCCACAAAAGAUCCAUCGUCAGGCGGGGAAGGGAGGUCUGGACAGAGGGGAAGAUCAUUGGGAAGGGAAGUUAUGGCUUAGUCUCACUUUUUACGCACCAAAAGCGGAACGGUCAAGCUAAAGUGCAGGCUGUGAAGAGAAUUAUGAAGGACUCUCGGUUGACUGGCGGUGUAGACUUUAGAAAAGAGCUGGAUGCUAUUCUCAAGUUCUCUCUGGGAAAGUACGAAGAGUUUUUCGUCAAAUGCCAUGGGUGGUAUGCCAAUUAUGAUUGUGUGUUCAUUGUGAUGGAGUACCUCGAGAAUGGCGAUCUCGACACAUACACAGAGCAACUCGGUCGGCCACUUCCAGAAUCCGAAGUGAAAAUUAUUAUUUCCCAGAUUACGCAAGGAAUCGAGCUACUUCACCAGACCAAAUUUGUUCACAGAGACAUCAAACCUGCGAAUAUCUUCAUAGCCAGCCCCGGGCCAAACUGGGAAGUCAAGAUUGGAGAUUUUGGAAUCACCAAGCGGGUGAAAAUGGACAGCAGCCUGCGUACUACCGUUGGAACUCGUUUUUUCUGUGCACCAGAGAUCCAAGAUAUCUAUCCUCCUGGAACGAGGGAAGAUUCUAGAUACAACUACACUGAAAAAGUCGACCUAUGGUCUGUCUCCGACCUUGUAAAAUAUGUUGAUAGAGGAGCAAAGCUCAACUUUCCAUCUACGCCUGAAGUCAGCAAGCUCUGCUAUGAGUUCCUGGGGGGUACCAUGGCCCCAGCUGCUUUAGCGAGACCAUCGGCAAUAGAAGCAAUUGGACAUGGCUGGUUGAAUGAUGACUUUUCCAACUCCGACCCCAAUACCUUCGCUUUGGAUGCUUUGACCAUUUCCUCCGCAUUCCGCGGUAAAUCAGAUAGCCUGGAUAUACCUCCAAAGCGGAACCAAGCCGAAGGAGAACCUGACGAAGGCACUACCAAGACAUGGGCCCCCUAUGUGAAACACAGGGUUGAGGAUGAAAAAGGUAAUAACUCAAGGGGAUCAAAUGCAGAUACCACUGCCCAACAGGCCUCAAGCCAGCCGCAUCCGUCCCAACCUCCACUUACUGCCUCGGUGGAAGGCUGGCUGUCGCACUCACAGCCCAGAAGCAACAUGGAGUUGAAUCACCCAAUCGAGAUCUCUGAGUGUUUUGGAGGGGCUGAGCCUGUUUCGGAUUUCCAAUCGAGGAAGAAGGAUAACACAUGGCAGCAAGAAGCAGGCUUGCUAAUCGAUUCAACAAAGAGCCUUGAAAAUGCCCCUCUCAGCCAGACUUUCAAGGGUGGUUUAGACUCAUACGUCAAUGAUCUGAAGAACGAUUCCAUUACUACAAAUCAAUUGAGAGACCUACGGUCUCCUUUGAGUAUUAGCGAGUCGGCGAAAAGAUUCAUCGAAUUACAAGGCCAUAUUGCGCUAGCCAAUGCAUUCGACAAGAUAAAUCGUAUCAAUACAUGGUCGAGUCCAUCCACAUGUAUCACAACUGUCAUCUUGAGUCCUGAAGACAUGCAACAUGAAAGCGAAGUUGCCCGUUGCCUAUGGACUCUCGUACAGCAUCCAGAAGGCGUCAAUGAAGCGCUAAAAGCUCCGGAUCACCCUAUGAUAUUCACACUUAUCAAUGGUCUCAUCGCCUACGAUAUUUCCGCUCGCCAAUACGCAACCCAAGCACUUAUCAGUAUAUUGCAUCCCGGAACUUACGAGAAUAACUCAGAAGAAAAGGCACAUGUAGUUCUCCUAAAAGCCAUGCUGCAGAUCGAGCCCAGUUCGAAAACUCGUCGAUGCAACCUUUGGAUCUCAAACGUCUUAUUUGGUCUGAGCUUUCUACCUACGGAAGGAAAGAUUACUCCGCGGAACACGAGAGAAGAGUCCCAGGAAUAUCUUAUCUGGACCAUGAAGCUCAUCAAUCUAUUGGUCGAGAUACCAGGUAGUAGUAAGGAACUGAAGGAUAGUGCCAUGAAGAUGUUCAAGCAAGCCGGGAUCCGAGCUGAGUUUGAUGGGUUUUUUGAUAAGAUGCUUAUAUCUGCAUCAGAGGAUCUUAAAGCACAGACUAUUGGAAUAGGCACGUGA